UUGGAGCUUACGGUAGUUUAAAAAGUUUUUAAAAAAACAAAAAAACACCCACCCAAAUGAACUCUGCCAAUGAUCUUCUGUGUGCCCACUCCCUUGGCAAUGCCGGCCCAACGGCGGUCCACCAGGCGCAUGAUGUUACAUCGCUCGGCACACGCUUGGCUCAUAAUGGUCAUCUGAGCCCCUGAAUACAUGGGCCAUGGGUCAGAGAGCAAAGACAGAGAUGCCUUGAAAUGGUAAAUGCUACAUACAGUACACGGUCACGGCAUUGGAGAGGCGGAUACAGAUUCAGUAAUGGUUUUAUUGAUGUAAUAUUUAUUAUUAUGCUACAGUGGUGAGUGCAUGGAUAAGAUCAGGAACAUGAGUCUCACUGAAUGAUACUUAAAGUGUUCCUAUGUGGACGAACUAAACCAAUAUCCAGUGUUUCACAGCAACAUUACAAGCUAAUAAAUGCAUUGCACCAUCUAUUUUACCUGAGUCAACAAAAGCUUUCACGGGGUGUCCGUUGACUUUGCAGUUAAUGUAGAGCAUAACCACCUGCCCGAAGCUUUCUGGAGCCUCCUCCAUGGCAAUGGUCAUGUUUUCUUCGACGUUGUGCUGCCUGGAAUAUGUACAGAUACAAAGAUCAGAGAAUUCCCAUUCCAAAAUGGGAUUCAACCAAAAUGGCGGAUUUUCAAGUUAUACUGAAAAAAAAAACUCUCAAGCAAACCUGAUAUCCUCCUCGAUUUUCGCCUGAGCCUCCAAAUCAAAAGGAUCUGCAGUCAGCAGCCGGAUUCGCUCCUGCUCCCUCUUGGCUCGAUCCUGCUGUUGCUCCAGCAGCACUUUGGUGAAACGCUCUGAAAGCAAAACAGACAGUUACAGCCUGUAGAACACUGUAAGUCUGACAUCAAAAAAUCAAAAAAUGUCUUCAUCCACCUAAAUCACCGCUCAGCAGGGCCUCGGCAAGAGGCGGGUUUCGCUCUUUCAGGAGAGACAGCUCGUGUGGAUUGGCCAGGAGCAUCUGCUGGAGUAAGGCAGGGUCAUCCAGCCCCUGGGUCGAGGUGGACCCGCGACUGGUCGUUGGUGUGGAAGGUUGUGCGUUACGCUGCAGCGGCUGCUGCUGCUGCUGUUGUUGUGGUGGUGGCGGCUGUUGUUGCGUCUGCUGUGGAGCCUGUUGUGGUGCCCUGACGGUACUAAGAGGAGCGGUGGAAGAAGAGGCGCCAGGGACUGUGAUGGAGCGAAAGUCGAUAUGGGGCAGACCUGCAGAGUGAAGAGGAAAGAAAACAUGCUUCCUCUCAAAGUGCUCCUAUUGAGUCUGACUUUUCAUCAAUUCGUUGCGGAUUUGGGCGCGUUCUCGUGUCCAAAAGGUCACCUGAUAAAAGUGUAUGGUGGAAAUAAAAAAUGUCAGGUUUGUCCUGAUGGGUAUCACCAGCCUGUGGAGAAUCAUUCCAAACAGUGCACACCGUGCACAAAGUGUAAUGAAGAGUCGGGAAGCGAGGUGAAAGAGAAAUGCACAAAAGAGACAAACACGAAAUGUCAGUGCAGAGGAGGAUUUCGUCGUUUGGAGCUUGAUUCUGCUACUUGCGAGUGUGCCGUUGGCUUUGGGUUAAGGCAUGGAGAAUGCUCAAAAUGUGAGCAUGGAUUUUUCAAUCGAAGUCCCAACUCCCGUUGUUUUAAAUGGAAAGAGUGUACGUCUGGCGUGAACGUUAGCGGCAGCAGCACGUCUGACGUCCUCUGCAACGGCGAGCCAAAGACUUCAAACACAACAGUGUCUCUCAACACAAAUUUAAAACCCCACCGUCCACAUGAAGGGACUCAAAGUCCUGACAACACGCAUCUUAAUACCACCACCGCCACCACAGAGCAUCACGUGCUCCCCAAGGACAAAGUACAGCCUGCCCCACCUUCAAACAACACCAGCCAACACAUUGGCAUUCCCUUUCUCAUCUUUGGAAUUGUUGGACUGCUGGUUCUUACUGCGGUGACGUGUAAAAUGCACGUUACUACAUGUGUGAAAGGACAGCCGGCAGUGCUACGCGACUCAGUGUGUCGGAGGCCCGUAGAAGAAAGCGGUGAUGGCAGUUGCUCCGCUCUCAAACUAAAUCCAGAGGAGCCCUAAUCCCUCCCAUCUCAUUUAGAUGUGGAUGUAUACAGUAUUUUGCAGAA